AUGACUCCACUAGGCCCACCAGUCUCCCAGCCCACAGCACUGAGACCAUCAUCCGCCGCGGUGCUCGAAGGACGCACAGUCCGCUUGAUCAACCUCCGUCCUGAGCAUGCAGACCAUCUUUUCCCCCUUGUCGGGGGAAACGACGCGACCAUAGCCUCACUCUGGACCUACAUGCUGGAUGGUCCAUGGAACGACAUCGAGGCAUUCCGCAGCGCAGUAACCGCCAAGUCUAAGUUGACAGAUCCAUGCUUUUUCGCUAUCCAGGAUUCCUCUACGGGUCGUGUUUUGGGCCAGCUCUCACUCAUGAACAUUGUUCCCGAGCACCUGAGGGUCGAGAUCGGUAGUGUACUAUUCUCUCCGGCACUGCAGCGAACGACCGGCGCAACGGAGGCAGUCUACCUCCUUAUACAGUAUGCAGUCGAGAUCCUUGGGUACCGUCGUGUGGAAUGGAAGUGCAAUGCCUUGAAUCAGGCAUCGCAAAAUGCGGCUGUGAGGCUUGGGUUCUCGUUUGAGGGCGUCUUUCGGCAGCAUAUGGUUUUGAAAGGCAGGAGUAGAGAUACGGCAUGGUAUUCGAUCCUAAAGGAGGAAUGGGAACAGAAGAAUAUCAAGAAGGCUUUGGAACUCUGGCUCCGGGAGGCUAAUUUUGAUGCGGAGGGAAGGCAGAAGAAAGGAUUGGUAGAAAUCAGGAAGGAGCUUGAAGACCUUACAUCUAGCCAUUAA